GCUGGCAACCGCGCGCGGUGCGGUGCACACGCCACUCUUUCCAGCCACUCGCCCUCGCACUCGCCCUACAGCAGCGCGGGCGGCAGGGGAAACUUUACUCAGGAAAGAAGCUUCGUGAUUGCGACGUGCCCGACUUAGUUGGGCCAAGUCGACCCGUUUUCGUGCGACAGUGCAGUGGUGACCUCUGAUCACUGUGUGUGUGUGGUGUGUGUGUCCGCGCACGGGGAGGAACAGCCCGAGCUAGGGCGAGGAUGGACGCGUUCCCCGACGAGUUGCUGCUCAUGGUGCUGAGCUACAUCGACGACGCCCUGACGCUGCUGGACGCGGUCCCGCUGGUCUGCAAGCGCUGGCACCGCCUGUCCCGGGACCCCGGCGCCUGGAACAACGCCACGGUGUCGAUCGUAGGCUGCUCCUACGACGAAGAAGGCUGCUACAGUAAGAAGCAUGAGAACCACGACAAGAUUCUGAAAGCAGCGCGCAUCCUCCUCCACGCGCCUGCACUGCGUCGCGUCUGCUUCGACUGCCCCAGCGAUUCCUCAGACCUCCUCUCGUGCCCCUACGACAAAGAGACCAUGGCCUCUGCCCUGGUUCGCUCCCGAGCUGAGGUCCACGGGAUCGUGUUUCCGCAGCCCGAUUUUUGGGGGAGUAGUGCUUCCUUUCCUGAUUUUCUCCGACAGGCAUUGACGCCAGAAGGACUUUCCACGCUUGUCGACUUCCUGUCGAGGAACAGCAGCCACGUCCGGUACCUGAAGCUGGGCCACACGCUGCAAGCAGGAAAGGAACUGCUGCGCGCCUUGGGGCAGUGCCAGAACCUGGAGGAGCUGCACCUCAUGCUGUCUGACGGCCCCCGGUACAAGGGCGAGCUGAGGGGACAACGGCUGCCGAACCUCAAACGCCUCACACUGGGGGCGUCUCGCUACAAAGUCCGAGGCUGCCGGGCGUUCCUGAGAGAUCUCCGUGGCUGCGUGGCCCAGUCCGUGCGCCACGUCCACUGCGAGUACUGGUGCUCGUCAUCCGAGGACGUGCUAGCCGAGCUGUCCCAGUGCGUGGAGCUCCGAAGCCUGCGUUGCGGUGUCGAGGGAGUGGCUUUUGUCAAGACGCUAGUCCGGCUACGCAGCCUCUCUUUGCUGAUAGAGGACGGUGACCAAGAGCAACAACGCGAGUUGUGCACCGUCGAGCGCGAGCUACGUGCGUGCGGUGAACUGCAGAGCCUGCAAGAGCUGCGACUGGAUGACAGUCAUUUCUUCGUCCACGAGCACCGCCCGGCGUUAUCCGAGCUUUUGAAGACUCUCUGCACCAAGACUCCGAAUUUGAUGCACCUUUCCACCAACGGCAUGCUGGAGAAGGUCUUCCCCGAGACUGUGAUUGGCUUGUUCAAGUCCCUGCCGCGGCUGGAGUCUGUCCACAUCGACCAGAUCUGGUUCAAGUGCCUCUCCAAGUUGACGGAGGCGGAGGUUGGCGGUAUAAAACGGAUUUCGGGAACAGUGACAUAUCGGAAGGGGGAGGGGGACAGCUGCCGUGCCGCCCUAGAGCAGUUCAAGCGCCAGCGACCUGAGUUGGAUUGCCGGCUCACCGAUCGCGAGUAUACUUACUGUAGAAACUGACUGCCCGAUCUGUGAGCAAUUGCCAUGUGGUGACCUCUUUCAUUGGUUCUUACAGCGAGAGAUAGAGCAAGAAA